GCAUCUCAUUGUAAGUGGGUGUGCAUGGAAGAGACAGAGAGUAAGAAAGGAGUUGAGAGCUUUGAACUACAGCAGCAAAAGGAGUCUGACCAGCCAGCAGCAAACUCUGCUCUCCGUGAACCAGCAAUGGGAAAGAGAAAAGUAGAUUCUGCACAAGGGAGAUUCCCACCUGGGGAAAGAAGUGGCCUUUUUUACGGUUGUGUCGAGUGCUGUGCAAAAUGUCUGGGAGGAAUACCUUAUGCUUCCAUGGUAGCAACUAUCCUAUGUUUUUCUGGAGUGGCACUCUUCUGUGGAUGCGGCCAUGAGGCACUGAAUGGUACAGAAUACCUCAUGGAAACUCACUUCAUUCGAAACUAUCAGCACUUUCAGGCUUUAAGUAAUCUGAUUGAUGCCUUUCAGUAUGUUAUCUACGGCAUGGCCUCUUUCUUUUUCCUGUAUGGUGUCCUCCUACUGGCUGAAGGAUUUUAUACUAGCAGUGUCAUCAAGAAAGUAUUUGGUGAGAACAAGACCACACUCUGCGGACGGUGCAUCAGUGCAUCUUUCAUUGGUGUGACCUACGCUUUGGUACUCAUUUGGCUCGCCAUAUUUGUGUUCACUGCUCUUCCUCUCUAUAUUUUCCACAACAUGUGGUCAACUUGCAAAGCCAUAGAAUUGCCUGAAAAUUCUGGCCGGAUUCAUCAGCUCUGUGUAGAUGCCAGGCAAUAUGGUAUUUUACCUUGGAGUGCAACACCAGGGGAGGUAUGUGGAUACAACCUCCAGACAGUCUGCAGAACUAGAGAGUUUGGCAUGACUUAUCACCUAUUUAUUGCUACCUUUGUUGGUGCGGGAGCCACAGCUGUUGCACUGCUCACCUAUAUGAUGUCCACCACCUACAACUUUGCCAUUGUCAAAAUUCUGGGUCGCGAGGACUACUGCACAAAAUUUUAGUUUUCUCUGCCCGGAAGUGCUAUAACAUUGCCAGAAUCCUUACAGCUAAAAGGGAUACCGCACAUUACACUCGGUGAGGACUCCUGGUGCCUUCUGCAGACAGAUUUUGUGUACAAUUUCUUUAUUGUUCUUCUCCUGUGAAACAUAGCAGUGACUUCAAGAAAAAAAAUAAUUUUCUGGAAUAAAAAAAAAACACAAAACUAAAUGGAAACCUUCUGACCAGUAAAGAGAUUUAUUCAAAUACUGAAUAUUCUAUGAUGCAUGUAAUUUUAAGAAUUGUAUUAUGUUAUGCUGACAUGACCUAGGGUGAUGAAGAUCCUGAAUGCAGUUCAACAGUUUCAUAGUAGGGAGUUUAUCUUGCUGUCAGCUCACUUUCAAGUUGAAGAAACCUUUGCAAACUGUGGUUGAUUUGGAUGUCAGUAGCAACACCUUGAUCUUUUGUCAUGAUGAGCAUAUGGGAAUCUCUUCCCUCAAAACAGUAGUGGGAAUGCUCAUAUGGUCUGAACAAAUGCAGACUUGCAUGCUUCUUGGGCUGGAGUGUAAUGUCAAGCGUCCCUUUCUAGUUGUAGGCUAACACUUUAACCCCCCCCCCAAUACUUUUAUUGUGAGCUGUCCUUGCUGCUCAUUCUGCAGUAUGCACAUGAUAAGCUUUAGUAAUGUACUGUAAUAUAAUAUGAUUUGUUAAUACAUUUUAAUAGUCUCUCCACAUGGGUAGAUGUAAAUGAAAAAUGGUGCAAUGAAUUUAAUGUUUUUGGUUGGUAAAAGAUCAUGAAAACUAGUUCAAUAUAAUGUAAAGAUCAAGAUACAUGUGUACAAGUAAGUGGAUUAAAUAAAGCAAUACCAAGUAAUUGUAUGUGCUGUAAAGGUUUAUAAAAUGUUAGAGUUUUCCCAUUUAUGUUGACUACUUAUUAGCACUGGAGCAGAUGCAGCAAUACUUCAGUAGAGAUCUAUUACCUUUCAGCAGCUGAAACACCACAAAUAUUUUCCUGCCUGAUCAAAGUAAUAAGCAAUAGUUUAAUGGGUUCACUGCCCAUCUACUCUCUUGGCCUCCAUUGAUUACAGAAAAUUAAUAAUCUUACCUGAUUAAAUUAUUUAAUUAAUGAAAAGCAGGAAGACUUGUGGCUUUAAAACUUAAUUUACGCAUGAAUCUAAGAGUUGCUUUAUCCACAACUGAGUGAUCUGCUAUAUACAGUGAGAACCAGCACACUUUACAAAGUUAAGCUAUCGAAACACAACACAACUUGUCUCAAGAAUUUUGUAUACAAAUGUAAACAUUCUGUGCAUUUUGCUACUGAAAGGCUUCAAUAGCUACCAAAAAACAUAAAUGAGGAUGUUUAUCCCAGCUGUGGCAUUCUGCAUAAUAAACACAUAAAGUAUCUUGUAAAAAGAUGCUUAUCACAGAAGUUAUUUUUGUUUUGCAGUCAGAGCUCAUCAAACCAACAAAAAUGAAAUCCUGACUAUUAAAGUGGCUAAAUUAUACUGCAGGCAUUCUAAGACACAUUUAGAUACCAAAACAAGAUUGCAGGUUUGUCAGCAGGGUGGCAGUUUUAGCAGAUACUAAAUUCCAGAGCUACAUGUUUUAAGAAGCAUAUUAAGCAGUAUCCUGGGAAUAGUGCAGCCUUGGAGAAGAACUUUGCUGGAAAUGCUCCAACACUGAUCUGGGUUAUCUCUGCUAUUCCAUUAGGAAUAAUUUUCUACUUUAAUUGUAAAUCCCAGUAGUGGAAGGGUAAUUAUCUUCACUUAUAGUGGAUCCGCUGUGAUAUUUUACUGACAGAAAUGCUGUUUUGUCUUGGAAACAUGAGUGCCCAAUGAGCUGAGAACUGGAGUGUAAAAUUAAACACCAUUGUUUUCACAGUAAUCCUAGUAAAAUGUUACAUAAGGAAACCGUAGAAAAUGAUGGCCAAUGCUAUCCAACUACAGUACAGACUGAUAUUAUAGGUCGACUUGAGUCUCAAGUCAAGCUUUGCUGUGUGUGCACAGUAUCAUCUGUGUACUAUACCUGUGUUUUUUUUUUUUUUUUUUUUCCCUCCCAUUUAACCACAUCAAAAAACUUUUUAAUUUUGAUCUUCGCUAAAGCACCUACCCAGUUAGUAUGCAUUUUCCCCUCUGUCUACUCUCUCACAUGGGUUCUGGACUCGCACUAAAAUGUUGUAUUCCCAUUACAUUUACUGUACAUUCGCUCUCCCCAGUUCCAUAAUACAAUUAGUUUUAUCCUGUACUUUCACUACCCUUGCAUCAAACCAAAAAUAAAACUUUAUAGUGAGAUUAUUUAUGGAAAAAAAUAGUAUCCAGCUGUACAAGUUGUUAAAUAGCAAAAAAAUUCUACUGUUGAUGCAUGUCCUGCUCUAUUCCUUGGGGCUGAUUUGGUGAAAGGCACAAAAAUGACGAGCUAGAAAUUUUAAAUUGUAAAAUUGUUUGCUACAAACCUUUGUAAUAAGGCAGCAAACUGAAUCUGAAGCCAUGACAAAUUUUACUUGGUAAACCGCUGUGACCUAAUGUAUUGAGCGACUGAUCAUAUAGCAGAACUGUACGGUAUUCCUGUACUCGAAGAAUUUGCAUUAUUUUCAAAAAGCAGACCAAUUACAACUGAUUUUGAUCUUUGGGUUUCUCAUUCAGUGUUAAUGGUGUUGAUGAUGCAAUGCCCAUUUGGAGCUGACAUUCUUUGCAGUCAGAAUGUGGAUAACGUGGCAUAUGAAUGACCAAUGAGCAUUUUUAGGAAGGAGUACCUUUUUGGAGGUCAAAGACAGAUGUAUACCUGAAAGGGUCUCGUUAUCAAAUGUAUGCUGUUUAACAGGAUAGAGUUAUAAAACCUGGCACUUCCUAUUAUCAUGUGGGAGCAUCAUUUUUUUAAAAAUAAACUUUAAAUAAAAUAAAAAUUUUCACUAAUCCCCACUCUGAUUUCUGUCUUGGCAGAGUGAUUUAUAACUUGUGACAUUUUGUUUUCUAUAGCAAAUGUACUGUAUCACAAUUUACUUUUAUGCAAUGUAUGGGUUGAAAUAAAUGCUAAAUUGUAAAUGUAAAAAAAAUCCCAUGAAUAAAUUAAAGCACAAUGAUGUUUGACAGUAUGGUUAAACAAAGCUUAAA